AUGGCGUCCCCUCAGGUGCCCACUCUUGACCACUGGAUGGACAAAGUGGAGGAGAUACAUGGCAUGGAACAACUCACGGCCUCUCUCCGGAACACCACGGAACGCUACCAACAGAUCUGGACCCCCUGGCUUAUGUUUCUUGCGGAGGACCGCACGGCCAGGACACAUCCAACGACUGAUGCCACCCUCAUAGCCGGAGGGGAGACUGCUUAG